CGUAGGGUCAUGUUUUGUGUACAGCAGAAGCUAUGUUUAAAGGCUAGCUGAGUUGCUAACGAGCUUAGAAACUCACCAAACGAGUCUGGGAGACAACUAAAACGUAUCACCUUUCGGAGUCGUGGAUAUUUUUGCCGAGUAACGUUAGCUUAUUUACAUUUGUAAAACAAUCUAGCUUAACAAGAAAAAACUCAACCUGAGCUGAGUGAGUGUGUUGUUAGUUCAGCAGACAUGGGAGGCUGGAGAUAAGCGAUUUCACAGUUUCGGAGGGAAGACGCCCACCGAUGAAUGAAUAUAAAGACCCACCAAGGAGGCAGCAGCAGUCGAGGGUGCUUGAAGGACGAACAACUUCACAAACAAGGAGCCAACAACGGUCUGGAGCAGACACGAUGGGUGCUACGGUGGGACCGGUGCUACACUGGAUGCAGGAUGUUGCAGCUGUGACCCUCCUCAAAGCCCGGCGGACAAUAUUGCAGGCUGGCAUCCUCUUCUGUGUCCUGUUUCUGCUACUAUGGGUGUCCAUCUUUCUCUAUGGAAGCUUCUACUACUCCUACAUGCCCACUGUGAGCUUCUCCACCCCUGUGCACUUCUACUACACUUCAGAUUGUGAUACCUCGGAGUCCACACUCUGUUCAUUCCCCAUGGCCAACAUCUCCUUCAUGAAGAACGAGAGGGACCAAGUGAUGGCUUACGGUCAGCCUUAUCGGGUGUCUUUAGAGUUAGAGAUGCCCGAAUCCCCUGUCAAUGAACACUUGGGCAUGUUCAUGGUCAAGAUGUCUUGCUACACCAAGGGCGGGAAGAUUGUCUCAUCAGUGGGCCGAUCUACAAUGCUGCAUUACCGAUCCAGCCUUCUGCAGAGCCUGGGCACUUUACUGUUCUCUCCUUUCCUUCUGACUGGCAUGUCUGAGCAGAAGCAGCUCAUUCAGGUUGAGCUCUUCUCAGACUACAAGACAAACGCUUAUCAACCCUCUGUUGGUGCAGUCAUUGAGAUCCAGUCCAAACGAGUGCAGGUCUACUCAUCUCAACUCCGUAUCCAUGCUUACUUCACUGGUAUAAGAUAUGCUCUGUACAACUUCCCCCUGACAUCUGCAGUCAUUGGCGUGGCCACCAACUUAGCCUUCCUCAGUGCCAUUGUGCUGUUCAGCUACCUGCAGUUUAUCUGGGGGGGGAUCUGGCCUCCAGAGCAAGUUAGAGUAAGGGUUAUGAUGGGGGACAACACCCGAAUCCAGCAGAGGAGAGAGGAGGCCCGGAAGCGCAUGGAUAAGGAAAAUUCACAGAAGGACCUCUGUUCUCCCCAAGUGAUUGGUUCUGUGAACGAGGCCUCUGAUUUUCAGGGAAAUGACACGGUGGUGGAAGCAUCGUCAAAGGAGCCCCCAGAAAUCCCAGAUGCCUCAGGGUCUGAUGCACCGGAUACCAAGGAGAAAGAGUCAGAGGAAGGGUCUCAUGACUCUUUGUUGCCCACGGGGGAAGACGGCUCAGACGGGUUGGAGGGAUGCCAGUUGCCUUCCCAGGGUGAGAACACCCUGCGACAGAGAACCGGGCCCUGGAUGAGCCUGUGACCCACGCCGCUGCAAAAAACCUAAGCACCAAUAGUAUAUGCUCCAUUUUGCAUCACUCUUCAGCAAACCCACUGAUGGAUAGAUGCAGAUGCAUGAUAACUAAAUACCUGUGUUGUUUUAGCUAACAAAUGAAUGCUUAUUAUCUCGUGUUGAGGAGACUUUACCUCAUUGCAACUUUGAGCUCUUCUCAUUUCUUUCUGCUUAUUGUGUACAGCACUUAUAAAGUCUUAUGUUUUUCCAUCUUUCUUUUCAUGAAGCCUAUAGCAGGAUAUACCACUGUCCAUUGUAAUGCCUACAGGAAUGUGGCAUUACUAUUCAGUUGUUACACAAAUAUUGCAAUACAGCCUUUUAAAGUUAGUUGAACCUGUCCAUGUUUUACUGCUUCUAUGCCUGUACGCACUCUGUAUUACCAGGUCAAAUAUCAGUAGACAGGGUUCUAAUGUAGCUUCAGCAUACUUGAAACGCAAGUUUAAAAUGGUUCUUUCAGUCGAAAGAAUGUUGCACACCCUUUUAGAGAAUCCACAAAACCAAGCCCUGUGAUUCACCGAGGCUCUCUCAGACCAAUUAGAUUUGGAAAAUGAUCCCAUAAAGUGUCUUUGUUUUAAUAACCUCCUUUGGAAAUAUGUGCAAUGCGUCCGGCUUGAGGUAAAUAAAGAACAUGUUGUGAUUCAAUAUACAUUUUAAGCUUGCAAAAAGAGGCAUUUUGUCUCAGUAAAUACGGUGGUUUUACAGCCACAGCAUAUGAAGUAAACGUUUCAACGCUUUUACUUGGUGUCCAUUGCAUCGUCAUUAUUCCUCUCUAUCCAGUAUAUGUUACAGUGCAGUUGAAACUUUGCAAUUUCAGUUCAUAACGACAAAUCACCAAGAAAUGUAAGAUGGAUCUUUUAAGUAAUAUAUGUCUGUCAAUUAACCAUGUUUGUAUUUAAUAUUAAGGAACAGUAAGUGAUGUUACUUUGUUGAAAUACUGGUUGUGAGAGCUAUAAAGUAAAGGUGUUUAACACAUGGAGGUUUAUGGUUAAAGCAAAAAUGUAUUUAAGAGUUUGAGUUCAGUUAAGUUGGGUUCGGAACCAAAGAUAUUGUAAAAUAUGAUGUAAUCAUAGUAAGUACAUUUGGAUUGUGUCAUGAAUAAUAUCCUUGCAAAUGACCUAAUGUUAUACUGUCUCUACGUGCAUGUGUUGAACAAUCAAAAAUGAACUUUCUUGUUUAUGUUUGGGUGACAUUCCUGUCAAACAAUAAAGCCGCUUCAAAAUAUUA